AUGACUUACUGUGUUAUUCUCUUUGUGUCUUUGGUGAAAGGUAGCUGGGCAAAGACGCACUCAAACACGAAUGGGUUAAGUAGGGAUCAUUCUCGGGCAAAAUGUUUUGCCCAGUCACACCCUCCUGUAUUUCUAGGGAACAUUUGCCUUUCGAUGGGACAAACCGAUAGUACAUUAAAAGGGUCAUUUACCUUUGCUUAUUCAAAAGACCUGGAAAAGUAUCAAUAUAACAUUGUACGGUCCAUCGAAGAAAAACAGGAGGAUGUCAUGAUAGAGACUUCAACUUUUGAUAAUGUGCUUACCCAUCCUGAACUCUAUGCUCUCACUACAACCAUAACCACCAUCGCGCCACCCUCCUCAACAACAGAAAAUCAGAAGGAGGGUUCUCUACUAUUGAAGGAUUCAUCCUCAGUAACAUUAAACUCUAUGGAUACUGUUACAUCAAUUAAUAGCAGUAAAACAUCAUCUUCGGAAAAGCGUCCGGAUUCUGGAUAUUUGUCCUCAGCCCAACACGAGGAAAAGUUGGAGCUGGCAAACGACUUAGCCUACAUCGAUUCUACCUACUAUUCAUCCCUACACUUCCAUCGUGUUACAGCCACCACUCAUACUUUGAGUGCUAAUAAAGCGCUCCCGUUGGUAUCAGCGGCAAGCAUGGCCGUAAAAAAUGAGGAGCCAGCGGAAAAGGAUAAAAUGGAUAUGAACAUGAAUGGGAGCGGAGUCAAGUUUUCAUUUGCAGAUGUGAUAUCUGCCUCAUCUGACAAAACCAUUCGCGAAGUACGCCUGUCCAACAGAUCUAUUUGCCAGCUCAAUCCCAAUAUGGGAAUGCUUACGACCAUCCGUAAGCUAGAUCUGUCCAAUAAUCGUUUAACCGAAUUACCUGAAUCUGUCGGAUGUAUACAGAGUUUAGAAGUAUUAUGCUUGUCAAGGAAUCAGUUAAAAUCUAUACCAGGCACCAUUGGAUAUUUAUCAAAUUUAUUAGAGCUUGAUCUGUCUUAUAACAAAUUGGACUGCAUUACGCCGUGUAUAGGGUAUCUCGAUAAACUAAAAACACUCUCACUCGCUUUCAACCAAAUUACUCGCUUACCCACCAAUGUAGAAGGAUUAAUCAACCUCAUCAAUUUGGAUUUGACACGCAAUCCUCUUCAAAUUUUACCUGCGGAAAUUGCAAAAUUACCCUUUCUACGUCGAAUGCGUCUUGACGACUGCCCUUUGAACAAGGAAAUGACCUAUUCAACCAAGCAUGAUCCUCCCAGCCUAUUGGAAUUUUGCGCACGUACUAUAGUUCGGAACAAGGUCCUUGACCUAUCCACUUUAAAGCAGCAGCAGCAGCAGCAACAGCAGCAGCAGCAUCGGCAUCGACAUCGACCCAUAUCAUUACCACAACACCUUAUCCAUUACAUUCAAUCCGUAAAACGUUGUACCUCUUGUCGAGGCCCCUAUUUUGAAUCAUACGUUCUACGCAGUCGGUUGAUGGAAAAAGCAGACGUUUUCAUUCCGUUGGAAUAUACUUUGUGUUCAGCGCAUUGGUCAACUUGUGAUGACCGUAUCCUCAGCAUGUUUAGUGUCCAACCUGAAACGACCAGUGAUCUUGUGCCACUUCCUGAUCGACCUACAUUACCUACCCCAUCAAAAACAGUCGCUAGAGAGAGGCAUUCCUUGUUGAACAGGCGACUCCAGCGGCAUUCAACCACUGCUUCCUGUAGCCGUGCUUCAUUAUCCAACGCGCAAACCACUGCAGUAGAAACCCGUCUGACGACUGUUAUUUCGAACAAUAGCAAUCCGCAUCCACAAGCUCGCUCAAGUUCAGUAGCAGCCAAACUUCGAUCUAGCCGUAAUAGCAGCAAAAGGACCUCCACUUUAGGAAGAUUGACCUUCAACUUUAAAAAAUCGAAUAAUCCAGCAGUAUGA